AUGUUAAAAUUAAAACUUCACAACACUAAGAAAGUUUCAAUUUUUCCACUCUUUCUUUUACAGUCACGGACAGACCCUCCUAAAAUCCAGCGUUCUGAGGGUGGAGGUCGCAGUGCUCUCCUGUCUGACAUUCAGAAAGGGGCAAGGCUGAAAAAGGUCACACAGGUCAAUGACAGAAGCGCACCAAUCCUUGACAAACCUAAAGUGAAUAGUGUGGAUGACAGUGGAAGAAAUGUGGCUGCUGGAAACUCUACAAACACAGCAGGAUCUGCUCCAUCUGCAGUGGGUCCAAGUCUGAGUGGAAUAUUUGCCGGGGGAUUUCCUGUACUCAAACCAUCCGGACAAAGAGACAAACAGCCACAUCACAACCUGGUGUCUCGUUCCGGCUCUACCGCAAGCCUGAAGCAGCCUCUCUGGAACCCUCCAUCACAGGGAGAUGGGUUCAGAGGAAGCGCCCCUGAUCUUUCCCCCUCCCACAAACCUUUGGAAAGAGCCUCCACACUGUCUAAAACUCGGCCUAUUUCCUCAUACACAGCCCCUCCCUCCCCAAGCCAAACUACACAUCCUUCUUUCAAACUGUCUUCUACUCCUCCUUCCUCUGCCCCCCCUCCACCUCCUCCUCCUCCUCAGGAGCGGCCCAGUAAUAGACCACCUCCUCUCCCCACCUGCCUGCCCCCACCCCCUCCUCCUCAAAUGGCAAAACCCACUUGGUUACCAGUCCAAUCACACUCCAUUCCCAUGCCAACGACUCCGCCUCCUCCACUGCCUCCAUCGGUUCCUCUGUCCUCACUUCCUGACAGGUCAUCUGGGGUCUUCUACCCUCCACCGCCUCCAUCAGUCCUUCCAUCCUCGCUCCCUGACAGGUCAUCUGGGGUCAUCUACCCUCCACCACCUCCAUCAGUCCCUCCAUCCUCGCUCCCUAACAGGUCAUCUGGAGUCUUCUUCCCUCCGCCCCCUUCUCCAGGCCCAUUAGAAAUGAAGGACAGUCCUUUAGGGCCUCCUCCCCCACCUCCUCCUCUUCCUGCUCCUUUUGCAUUCAGUCACCCCUCCUCAACACCUCCUCCGCUACCUCAGAAAGCACCUCCCGUGCCUUCACCCACAUACAGGCCCAGCGUACCACCUUUGCCACCAUCUUACCCCUGUAACGCCCCCAGCAGACGACCCCCUGCAGUGCCACGUUUUGCAGGUGCUCCACGGAUGGCUCCACCCCCUGCUCCCCCUGCUCGAUCUCCUAACACUGAACUCUCCAGUAGGAUCCCACCCCCUCCUCCUCUCCCACUGUCAGCUCCGCCCAGCUCAGUACGCAACGGACACCUGCAGAGCUUAGAUGACUUUGAAUCGAAGUUUCACUUCCAUCCGAUUGAGGACUUCCCCCCUCCUGAAGAGUUCAGGCCCUUCCCACGUACCUACCCCAGCAAAGAGAACAGAGUCAACCCACAACCUCCUGCCAUGAGGACUCAGUUAAGAUGAAAUAGGACAAUAUGAAGUUUGGUGCUAACCUUUUGCAGGACAUAUUUUAAGCAUCAUCCUCAUCAUCAGUGAAGAACAGCAGCCAAAUCUGUAGGUCAAAUCAACUCACUCGAGUGCCACUUUAUCAAUCUCAGCUGCAUUAUCUGUGAAAACAUUCUAGUUGGAUGUAAAACUAAUGUUUUUUUUUUUGCCAUCCACAUUUCAAGAACAAGUUUUCUCAUUACAGCUGCAGCCAUGUUAAAACCCCUGAUUCUUAACAAAAAAAAAAGUGUUUACCUGUCUAAUUAAUUUUCUUCCGUCAAUAAUAAGUGUUUUAACAUUUAAUAUGUUUCUGGAACAAAAAUAUUAUGCCUAAUAAUUUUGCUUAUCAUACCUGAAAAGGCUUUUAUUAAUUAUCCUAUCAGCUGUCAACUUACCCUGAAUGGACUGAAAGGGCACAUGAUUAAACUACUAACAGAAUAAAAAUGAGAAAAAAAGAUUAAAACAUGGCUUAACAAAAUAAGGCAAAAGGAAAGAGUGUUAAAUCUGUGCAUACAGAUCAGAGAAGUCUUGCUAACAUUACUGUUUCAAAUAAAGGGCAUCAGUUUUUGUAAAAGGGAAGGAAGUUAACCACUAUGAGUGAAACCGUGUUUUAGGCCUAAGGUGAACAGAAUAAAUGGUUGAAAUGGCUGAAACUAUAUAUAGAAAAAUGUAAUUCAAUUACAUUUCUAAAACUAACACAAGUAAGUUUAUUAGACAAUAUCGUCUUGCUUAUGCUUCUAGUGGCUGCUGGAGCCCUUUGUUACUAACUCUACAUCUAACUCAUCAAAUAAAGACUUUCUAAUACACCAAAGAAAAAAAUACUCUUUUGUUUUCCCUCAUUAUAUGUUUAAUUUUUACAACU